AUGGAUUUUCCCACUAAGACACCACUAACUCACUUCGACACAUCAUCAGAUGACUCGUACCGUAAUGUGGAUGCCGUCCAGAACUUGUCCAUUGUCUCGCAUAUGGCUGCACUUGGACAUGGAGCCUGUGGAGUUGAACCCAAUAUGGACAACAUCGCUGCCACAGCACAAUCUUUCACGGACCGCGCACGUUCAGAACUCCCCUGUGAACGUCAUGUUGAGGAUGAUCGUGGCGGUGACAACAUUCCCUCAGACGAGAACCAGACCACGAAAAGUGUCACAAAUAUGGAGCUGGUGAAAAGCUUUUUGAUCAGCGGCUUUCCACUGACACUGGCGUCCAUCGCCCAGUUUUCUAUUAAUGCAUCGACUGUCGCAAUAAUAGGUAAGUUUUUAGGUGCUGACCAAAUGGGUGGCGCCACUCUAGCUUUGAGCUUGGUAAAUGCGACGGGUUUUGCUUUUGGUACUGGCCUCUGUGGAGCCUUGGAAACUGUUCUCUCGCACACUUAUGGUGAAUGGGAAAAAAAGAAGCAACUCGCCACUGAAAGCGAGACCGAUGUAAACUGUUUCCCUUCUACAGAGGCAGGAGCUUCGUGUCGUAGUCGCACAGGCGCUAUGCAAGUUACCACAGAAUCAAACGUUACUGCUGUUGAGCGAGGGGGGUCGGCUCCGAGUCUGUACAUGUAUGGCACAUACACACAGCGUAUGAUCCUCAUUUUACUUGCGGCAGCGCUUCCUUUGGGUGUUAUUCUUUGUUUCACCGACAAGCUUCUUAAAGUUUUUGGAGAAAGUCCGGUUUCAAUUUACUACAUGGGCCGUUGGUGUCGUAUUGUCAUCUUUGGAUUACCAGUGACUUUAUGUCUCCCUCUUAUUCAGCGGUACUACUCUUGCCAACGCGUAACGAAGCCGUUGCUUGUGGCCACCUUUGUUGCAGCGGCUGUGCAUCCUGGCUUGCAGAUUGCCUUCAUAAAGCUUAUGGGCUUUGAAGGCUCCCCAAUGAUGUGGGUUUUUCUCAUGUUGGGUCUUCUACUCGGUAUUAUUGCUCAUCUUCGUUGGACUGGAUUGUAUCGCCUAACAUGGGGAGGGUGGAACAAGAGGAGCACACAGAACUUAGGGACUCUUGUAAAACUCGCCCUUCCCUCUAUGGGCAUCAUGAUGUGUGAAUGGGUAGUAGUCGAAAUAAUCGCUCUCACGGCUGGUUUUGCGCCAAAGAAUGAUUUAGCCGCUUUUUCUAUCACUCUUAACAUUUUUGGAGUGCUGUGGGGUGUCACUUCAGGUGUCAUUGUCAUUGCGUCUGUAUUUGUGGGGAACGCUAUUGGAGGAAGAAAACCGAUCUUUGCACGACGUAUCGCCUUGAUUUCCAUUGUUCUGGUCUUGGGCAUCUCAUCUAUUGACGUUGCUAUCAUGUUUGCGUUGAAUCCAUAUAUUCCCUUUAUUUUUACGAACGAACAAAAGGUAGCUGACAUCUAUCAACAUAUUAUGUACUGCGUCCUUCCUUACCAUAUUGUAGAUACCCUACAGAGCGUCAUGAUGGCAAUUUUGAGGGGCUGUGGGCUGCAAAUGCUUGGCGCGAUUAUCAUUUCCAUUGCCUUGUGUGUUGUAGGUCUCCCACUCAGUUUUUUACUCUUCUUUCACUUUAAAUAUGGUGUUGUGUCUCUUUGGAUUGGUCUUUUUGUUGGAGUUGGUGCUGUGGGCACGCCUCUAUACUUGUACAUUUUAUUUAGGUACAUAGAUUGGAAAAAUUUGAAGCCACAUAAUGAGGAAAUACCACAUUAUAAGAGAUAA